CCACAACAGCCGCCGCGUCGACGACGUCUUGCGGCGAAAGUGUUCGGCCGUCGGGACGGUUAUACUUCGGGUCCGAAGAAGUGAUAAGUGUUGUUUUGGGGUGCGAAGCGAACGGUCGCGAUCCUUCGUUGAUCAAGUGGUGGACUAUAUUGUUUUUCUCGCGGUUUUUGGGUACGCUACUCUGUUAGGUACUAGGGUGGUUGUUAGGUCCAGUUUUCUUGAUUUUGGAGGACGAAGUCUUAGGUUACGAUGAGGAGCUGGUUUCUGCCACUUUUACUCUUUACAUUUUGUAUAUGGAGUAUAUCCGGAUUACAAUUAGAAGUAAUUAAUCAGUGGAACUUUCUGCAAUUUACUCCACCCUAUGGAUUCAGUGCCAGCAAUUUUAAGCCAGAAAAUACACUUUUCACUGGUUUAGAAGUUACCCCCGAUCGUAUUUUUAUCGCUCAACCUAGACUAAGGACAGGAAUUCCAGCAACAUUAGCUACUAUCCCUAGAAAUACUCCUCCUGGUUCCAGUCCUGAACCCCAACCCUACCCCGACUGGUCUUACCAUGGUGCUGGAUUAGGAUUAGAAAAUGAUACUACGUGCGCUGGAUUAGUUUCUGUAUACAGGAUGAGGGUGGAUUCUUGUAACAGACUCUGGGUAUUAGAUGCUGGUGUAAUAACGUCAAUAGACGACUUCCAAAGAAUAUGUAAUCCCAAAAUAAUGGUGUUCGACUUGAAAACCGACCAAGUAGUUAGAAGGAUUGACUUUCCUAGACGAGUACUUAGACCCUCUUCCUUAUUAGCUAAUUUGAUCGUGGAUGAGACUGUACAAGGAACUUGUGAUGCGGCUUUUGUUUAUGUCGCUGAUACUGUAGCAGCAGGUCUCUUGGUGUUUGACGGUCUUAGAGGCACUAUGUGGAGAGUUACUCAUCCCAGCAUGUUUCCUGAUCCUAACUUUGCUACCUAUACUAUUACGCAGGAAUCGUUUACUCUUCCCGAUGGCAUAGUAGGAUUAGCUCAUUCGCCUAAAUUGGCAACAGUGUUCUACCAGCCAUUAGCUACUGAUAGAAUCUUCAGUAUACCUACUGCUACAUUAACAAAGGGACCACCAGCUGAAUUCGAAGAAAUUCCUGUAACCUUGGCUGGAAGGAAAUCAUCACAAGGAUUAGGAUUGGCUUUGAAUCCCAAUGAUAAUACUUUAUACUUCAGCCCUCUGACUGAAACUUCAGUGGCGUCUUGGAAUCCUAUUACCAACCGUCAAGAAUUGCUGGCUUUCAACCCAGACCUGUUCCAGUUUGCUUCCGAACUGAGAUGGAUUGACAACGAAUUAUGGUUGCUAACAACUAGAUUCCAGAAGUUCUUCAAGAGAACCGUAUCACCCAAUGAAGUGAACCUCAGAAUAAUUAGGAUACGCUUUGACAACACCCCUGUCUAUAAUAGUAUCAAUAACAAUUUAUAUUACAAAAAAUAAAGUCAGUAAAAUCUAACUAAAUCAUUAUUCAAGCGAAAAAAGUAUUUAUUUAACGCGUUUGGUAAAACAUAUUGUAUAUAAUUACAAAGAAGACUUAAAACAAUCAACCUUAAUCACCAAACACCUGUAAAUCGAGUUGCCAAUCAAGUAGUUUUUAUUAUUUUGCCAUUAUUUUGUCAACAAAAUUUAACAUAGUAGUGUAAAUUGAUGUUUAAUGUGUGGGCAAAUACGACUUGACACAAAUAAGUUUAUUAAUUAAUAUUCUUCGAUAUUUCCUGUUGUAUGUACCCUUUAUUUAUUUUUAUACUUUUGUAAAUAUUAGAAAUAAAUUUCUGCGAAAAGAAAA